AUGCUCCGAUCGGCGGUCAUUACGCGCUCCCAGCAGAUCAAGCAAGCUGUCGGGCGCCAGUUUGCGUCCGCCGCGGCAGCAGCUGCUGAAAGCGCGGGGAAGAGCAAGGUGAAGGCGAAGUCGACGGGAGGAAGCAGCGGCGGGAAGAAGAAAGCUUUGGAAGACCAAGGGAAGGCGGCCUCCAUUGUGGAGGCGGCGCUUCGUCAUGCUCAAGUAGAGCUGCCAAAUCUGGAUGAGGCGACUCAGGAGGAGGAGAGGCGGAUGGCGAAGGAGUACUCGAGGUUGAUGAUGCAGAAGCACCACCAGCAGAGAGGGGCCGAGUCAGCCAGGCUCAAGCUCAAGCUGGCCGCCAUCCAAGCCCUACCUGCUGGCAAGCUUAGGGAUGCCGCCAUGCUUCCAGAUUUCACUCCCUUCCCGUCCAAUCGGAUUGCACCAUCUCUGACACCUCCAAUCAAGGAGCUGCAAGAGGAAAGAGCAAGGACUAGCGACCAACAGGUUACGCGCUCACGCCGCCUCGACUCACUUCCCCCGUGCUCCCCUUGCAGCGCUCGUCCUUGUUACGUCAACGUGUCGGCCGUGCCGCGCCGAUGGAUGGGAAUUGGACCACGCAGCGUCGCACCCGGCGGAGCGACCGUUCACGUGCGUGCACGACUCGCAUGUGGCGGCGCGCAGCAGAGAGCACACGCGCCGGCAACUGGCGUCGUACCGCACAGGGUGGGUGGGGUGAGACGUGGGCGGGCGCCGGUAGUGUGGGAGUUAGAGGGGGUGGAGGGGCAGGUGGAAGAGAUGGGAAGAGGGGUGAGAGAGCACGGGCGACGAAUGGCGUCGAGGGCAGCCCCUCGUCUUUUUGUUCUGACGUCCCUUCCUCUCCGCACCUCUCAGCCGCUGACGUGCUCGUCUGACUUCCUGUCCGUCGCCACCUGCGACUCCGGCUGUGGCCCCUCCUCUACCUCCUCUCCCUCCUCUCCCUCCUCCUCCCCCGCCUCCUGCCUCUUUGGCACGUGCAAGCACAAGACCAGUGUGGAGUCGCAGCGCUGCCAGGCGCCGCGCGGAGCGGAGGAGAGCCGGUCAGCGGAGGUGCAGCAGCUGGGCAUGGCGUACGGCCCGUCAUCGCGCUGCUUCCUGCACGGUCCGCAGUUCUUCGACUAUGCCUUUGGUGCCGGCGCCACCCCGCCCCCCGGCGCCGGCUGCUACCCCAUGCGCUGCGUCCCCUCCGCCUCCUCCUCCCGUGACUCCCGCUCCUCCCGCUCCGCUGACUCUGCUGGUGCCCACGAUCCCCCGGCGGGGGGCAAUGGCAACGGCAACAGCAGCACCACACUCACCCCCAAGGCGCAGGGCGGCAGCGCACUCUCGUUGCCCGCCCCUUCCUCCACCCCCAAGCGCCAGCUGCGGGGAAAAGGCAAGGGGAAGGGCAAAAAGGGGGGGCGGGGGAAGCGGGGGGGCGGGAUGGUGGUGGAGGUGCGCGUGGGCGCGCAGUGGUACGCGUGCCCCUCGGGGCGCAUGGUGGCGCUGGACCAGGGCGGAGGGGACUUCCACGGCGGGUCCAUCGGCCCCUGCCCUGACAACCGCCGCAUGUGCCUCUCCGCCUCCUGCCCCAACGACUACUCGGGGAAAGGUGCACAAGGAGAGGGGCGGAAAGGGAGCAUAUGCUACAACAGCACGUGCUACUGCCUGCCCGGCUACGCUGCUGCUGACUGCAGCCAGGUGGCAUGUUCACCGCUCGCCCUCACGCCUGCCUCCACCUGCCGCGCACCCGCCACCUGCGACCACGCCUCGGGCCUCUGCCUCCUGCCCUCCGGCCGCCCCUACCCCCUCCCACUCGCCUCCGCGCCACCCUACACUCCCCCUCCCCCACCCUCCCCGCCUGCUCCUCCUGUCUUCCAACCUCCACCCGCCCCUGGAAGCACCACCGCCAACAGCAGCACCGGCAGCAACAGCAGCGGCAGCAGCAACAGCAGCAUGGGGGGAGAGGCGCCGCAGCACGGGGUGCUGGUGCGCAGCGUGGUGGUGCUGGGGGGCGCCAACAUCAGCGCCAUCCGCGAGGGCGCGCGCCUGCAGGAGUUCCAGGCGCAGUUCCAAGCGCAGAUGAGCGCAGCGGCGCGCACGACGGGGUACGAGGGGCAGGUGGAGGUGGCGAUAGAGGCCAUCUAUGCCGGCAGCAUCCUCGUGCAGUCCACUGUCAACUUCUUCCAGGCUACCAGCUUCACCAUGCCCGGCCUGCUGCUCCACAACCUCAUCACGUCCCCAGCGAUGAUAUUCGCAGCAUCAUCCUACUUCCUGGCGCUGCCCUCCGGGCGCAUCUCGUCCUUCAACUGCUCCAUGGCCGCCGCGCCCGCCUCCAACAGCGCGCCCCAGGGCGCGGAGGGGCCGCCCCUGGGCAUCUCGUACGGCGCGUGGGCCGCCAUGGCUGCCGCCAUCCUCGUGGCUGGCGUCGCCAUCUGCACCGUGCUCAGCCGCCGCGGUGAGUCGAGGGGAAGAGGUGGGGGGGAGGAAGUGGGGAGGGGAGAAAGUAGGGAGGGGAGAAAUAAGUGUCGCAUCACCCUCACAGCCUUGCUCUUCCUGCCCGCCCUCACAGCCUUGCUCUUCCUGCCCGCCCUCACAGCCUUGCUCUUCCUGCCCGCCCUCACAGCCUUGCUCUUCCUGCCCGCCCUCACAGCCUUGCUCUUCCUGCCCGCCCUCACAGCCUUGCUCUUCCUGCCCGCCCUCACAGCCUUGCUCUUCCUGCCCGCCCUCACAGCCUUGCUCUUCCUGCCCGCCCUCACAGCCUUGCUCUUCCUGCCCGCCCUCACAGCCUUGCUCUUCCUGCCCGCCCUCACUGCUCAAUCCGCUCCCUUCCACCAUUCCUCCCCGCCUGCCUCUCAUUCCCUCCUGCCUCUGUGUGUUCCCUUCCGCGUGCCCCUACCACCCCUCCCCCUGUACGCUUCCUCUCCUUUCUCCUGCCCUCCCAACCCUGCUCAUGCCGUGGGAUUCAUGACCACUUGCCGCCAUGUGCGUUGGGUGUGCGCACCCCAUGCCACCUCCACAUGCUUCUCCAUCCCUCGCUCAUCACCUCUCUUUCCUUUUCCCCCUGCUGCCUGCUCCCUGCUCCUUGCUCCCUGCUGCCUGCUGCAACCGCUACUACUGCUGCUGCCCUCUGCAUUGCUGCUCCGCACCUCCCAUCCUACUAGCCCCUCUGCCCUUGCUCCCUCACUUAUACCUAUCACCCUCGUGUACCUCUCAUCACUCUCCCCCCUUGGCUUGCCACAGAGCAUCCGUGUGGGUCGCUCGGGCCGCCUCACUGCCUCCGGGCAGCUCAACCCCUCGGGGCAGCUCAGAACUUCCGGGCAGCUGCGAACGUCUGGGCAGCUGCGGCGGCUGGCAUCAGGGCAGCUACAGGUGCCGGAUCACCUGAACCUGAACAGCACCACCACUGCCUACCCCACAGGCAACACCAAUGGUGGCACCAACGCCAGUGGCAGCGGCGCAUGGUCGUACUCUGCCAUGGGCCCGCCUGCCCAUGCUGCCCCCUCUGGCUCCACCGACACCACCGCUGCUGCGGGGGCGGGGGGAGGCGAGCAACAUGUGCGCAUGUCCGGGCAGUUGGUGGGUGGGGGACAGGGGGCUGCCGAGGGAGGUGGUUCGGGCAUCGCAGGGUCGGGCAUAAGUUCGGGGAUAGGUUCGGGGAUUGCAGGGUCGGGCAUGCUGUCGGCAUCAGGGUCGGCGUGGGGGCAGAUGCCGCACUUUGCUCAGCUGAACCGGUCGGGGCAGCUGAGAAUACUCAAGCAGCUGGGCACUCAUGGGGCAGGCACUCCUCCCAUGGCCAUGCAUGGCCACGGGCAGGGGCAGGGGCAACAUGGGCAUCAUGGGCAGGCAAGGCAAUCGUCCCCCCGUGCUGCUUCCCCACAAGCCGGCAGCCAUCCAGGCCAGUCAUUCCAGCAGUCAAUGCAGUCAAGCCAGUCAAUGCAGCAGGCAAGGCGGGCGGUAUCCGGGGUUGUGCGCUUCUCCAACCCGCUGGCUGCCGCCCACCACACCACCUCCUCCGGGCAGCUCAACGCGCCCCAGCGCGGCGCCAACCAAUGGCUGCGCAGAGCCCGCUCCAAUGUGGGGCUGUCCGGGCAGGUUGAAAUGUCGGGCAGGGUGGCGCAAUCAGCGCAGAUGGUGAGAGUGCCCAGCAACGGGGAGUACUCUGUUGCCCAGGUUACCCCAUCCGGGCAGCUGAGAAGAAAUCUCUCUUCUUUCGCAACUUCGGGGCAGCUUCGGAACCCGUCAGGUCCGUUCGCCCAGUGGGGACGGGGGGGGUCGGGGCGGCGGGAGGAGCUGGCAGAGGCAGCAGAGAUGGCGGCAGAGCAGGCAGAGACGGCUGAUUUCUACACCCGCAUGCGCAAUAAGGCCACUUCCGGGCCCAUCUACUUUGGAUGA